AGUGGCAGCACCGAGCAAGAUGGCGAAGAUUACAUGCCAAUAACUUGUACUCUUGUCAUUGUACAAUUGUAUUUUUAACGAAGAGCAGAAAAAUCAUCUUUGUUGUAUUAUAGGGCGAUUAGUCCGUGAGAUUUGAAUAAUGCUGUUAUAGUAGAUAAUAAUGGGUGCUAUUUUGAAACGAUGGAGACGUGAAGAACGUCCAGAGGAAGUUUUGGAAAUGUUGCAAAAGCAACUAAAAGAACUCGAGACUGCAUGCCAAAAAAAUGAACAAUUUUACCAAAAAUUGAUUGGUCGUCUCAUGCUAUAUUCAAUAGUUAUGUACAUCAUCACAGCAAUGGUUGUGUAUUUUUACUAUUUUCCAAAAUAUUGGAAAGCAAGGAUUGUCAGGUCCUUACCACUAUUGGCUUUUCCAUUCAUGAUUUAUGGUGUACGCAGGUUUCUUAUGUUCCUGUUUAGUUGGAGAAAAAAAUCAAAUGCACGUAAGCUUGAGGAACUGAAAUCAAAGAAAAAUAAAGUGAUCGAAAAUGUGAAGGAGAAAGAAACGUAUAAAAGAGCGAAAGAAAUAUUAGAGAAAUUUAAUCCAGAUGAUGAGAGCCUUAAAAAACCUGAAGUCAACAGAGGAAACCAAACAGUUGGGAAAAUAACAUCCGCGACUUCAAGAUCAGGUGUAAGACAUAGAAAUAUAUCUCAGAUAUCAUCGACACCCAACUCCUCCGUUUUAAAACCACCUCCGUCGUUCUCGGCGACGCCAAACGCUCCUGUAAUGUCACCACUUCGUGGUUUGAGUCCAGCUAUGAAAAAAGAUUUUUUUGUAAACAACAUGCCUCCUGGUACCCCUCCUGGUCCACCAAAACCAAUUCCUGUAACACCAAAAGAAAGGACAAUUACAGACAGGUUUGUCGACUAUCUAGUUGGCGAUGGACCAAAUAAUCGUUAUGCGUUAAUUUGUGAACUUUGUUUCUCACACAAUGGAAUGGCUUUAAAAGAAGAUUUCCUGUACACUACUUUUCGAUGUUGUUAUUGUUAUCAUCUAAAUGAAGCCAAAAAGAAGCGUCCUUUUGCACCACCGAUUGAAGGACUUUCCACUCCCCCCGUCAAAAGUCGAUUUAGUCGUACAUCAAUCAACGCAACCACGUUACCAGAAGGACCUGAAACCAGUGCAAAUCCUGUAGAAGGCAAUGUUGAAAAGAAUUUGCUUGCUGCAAGUGCUAAUGUUGAAGAGGAGGAAAUUGUACGCGAAACCGACAAAGGCAAAAACGAAUAAUGAUGUAUAUUUAUUUGUACAAGAAAAACGUAGAUUUGACAACAUUUAUGAUCGCAGUGAAUUAGAUUUGCGUUUGUGUAGUACAUUCAGAAAUCAAAAGAAACAUCUCAAAAAUCUUCUGCCUUGUUUCUACCUUGUGUGGAAAAGGCAAUCAAGUUAUCAAGAGAUUUGGUUGAACUGUAAUUUUACAAAAUGCCUAAGGCGUAUGAUUUCCAUAUGAAAUAUUUAAUGAUUGUACCAAGGCUGACAGAGCUGCCAGCAGCCAAAACGAGGUUUUACGACAGAACAGCACCAAACAACAUUCUGCAUCGUGUUCUCAAAUGCAAAACGUCGCUUAUUUAAAAAGGAAAUAACUGUUCAUUAUUAUGUCAUGUUCAUUUGUAAGCCAAAUAUAUUUUUUUCUUAGUUGUUUAUACAUUAAUGUUAAAUACAGUCAUAUGUGCUUAACAAUAAACGUAUUCGAACGCUA